ACCUGGAAGGAGCAACUAUCACUUUCACUUUUAUUUGUUGCGAUUCAAGAUGGCACCUUUGAGGAGGGUUGCUCUGAAUGGAAGGUCUUGGCAUGACGGCGACAUCGGAUUGGUUCGCUUUCUGCGCAACAGAUAAGUUGGGCAAUUAUCAAUCUUGGUACCCUAGCUUUGAGGUGCCCACCCAGCAAAUGGCUCGAGUGGCAGAACCUCAAUCGGCUCCAGCAUGUUGCUCUCCUUCUCUUCAGUCUCAACCAACCACGCCAGCUUCGAACUCGAUUUGUGAAUAUCGACCGCAGCUUGAUCGGCAUAUCUAGAUGUCUUCAGUCCACGAACCCCCACACCGUGAAGCGGAUCUGCUGUGGGUCUGGUGGUACUCACUGUUCCCACACAACUAUCUUGGGCUUCUCCUCAGUCCCAGUUCGGAACCAUUGGUAUUGCAGCACCCCGGGCUCAUUUUCUUUGACAUAGUUGGAGACAGAUUCUGCUAUCUCUUCUACCUGCAACUCGAAGAUUAGUCUCUGUGUUUUUCGUUUAUGAACAGGCCUGAGCUGUGAUGUACUCACCCGCGCCACCCUGUCUGGUUUAGGAGACAAAAUGGCGAGGAAGUGAAGAGAGGACAUUGUUCAGGUCUCUGAAAGCUGUGGGACUGGGAUGGGCAAGGAGGGACAGAACAACCGGAACGAUGCGGGGCAGCCUUUGUGAUCAAGACCCGGCAGAAUACCAGAGGUGGAUCGGGACCAAAUAUGGACCCGACAGGGACAUUGCUUAGUGGAAUGGAAGUCAAGGACUCCAGGGCAUCCAUUCUUCCGGUCCCGACCGCGGUAUGGUUCCCGUCCUCAGCCCUCAGUCUGUGGCCCGGCCAUUCACCAUCAUGUUCUGCAGGGAGGGUCUGAGCCCAAGGAAAAGUGAAGUAAGAACAAGCACUAGAAAUGCAACGGACCAAGAGGCCAAGAUGUCCUUGGCACGCCACACAAAAGCUUGUCAUGGACAAGUGCCGGUUCUAGAUAUAUUCUAGGUCUUAUCUACCAAGGUAUGUAAAAGCCCUCCCGGAUCAAUCCAGAUGGAAUCUUAUAUACCUAGACAGACGCACACCAAACCACCCAUCAGCCGAUGGAGGAGGCAGUGAGUUUGUCAUCAACCCUCUCAUCAAACACCAACCUCGGCAGAACAUCCAUCGGACCUAAUCUCUCACAAGUCCCCACAACCAAUCAUCUCCUCCAGGCACCGUGCUUGCAUCAUUCUAUCCACUGCCGCUGAGCCCUUGCUCGCGGAGACAUCACUUAUCGGAAGCCAAUCUGCCGAACAGGCUAUCAACUUCACUCUAUUCCGCAGCAUCCCACCCCGACUCCUACUACAAUCAGGAUGCGAUCUUCGCUCACGACUUCAUUAGAUAUUAUAGCAAUGAGCAUAAUGCACCAACCAACCCGUGGAACGUCCCCCGGUUCUAGUAUUUGACCUCGUUGUUGUCCCUUUUCUCGGCAUGGUAUCAGGCUGUCUUUUGCUCCCAUCUAGCGUCACUGUCAUUUCAAACCUGCAAAUUACGUGAUAGAUAUCCACUUGAUUCAUUGCAAAGGAUGCAUCUGUUCAAGAUUGUCACUGCGGCGGCAGCUUUGGCAAGCGGCACUGAGGCCGCUGUCAGACAGCUACCAAAACCUGCCAGCUGCAGUGGUGUUGCCAACUUCCGCUACCAAUACAAGUUGGAAUCAGGAUGGUCCGCCAUGAAGAUUGCCGGUGGUCUCAAGCAAGUGCGCACCAUCGUGUGGGACACCGAGGGCAACAUGCUGGUUUCACAAAACACGCGUGGCAUCUCUGUGCACACAUUUGGAGAUAACGGGUGCAUCAAUAGCACCACCAUGCUUAUAUCUGGCAACCAAAUCAACCACGGCCUUUCCAUCACUCCAGACGGCAAGACACUCUAUGCCAGCAGUGAGACAACGCUGUGGAGCUGGGCUUACGACUCCCUUACCCGCAAGAUCAGCAACCAAAAGACCAUCGUCAGGGGCAUGUCAACCGGCAUCCAUUCAUCGAGAACGGUUGCCGUAGUCCCCCAGCAGCCCAAUCUCGUGUUGCUGCAAGUUGGGUCAAACUCCAACUUUGACAUGGCAUCUCAGCAGCCUGGCACUGGCAGGGCCAUCAUCAAAAUCUUUGACGCCAGCAAGGCACCUAGCAACGGCUUCAACUACAAUACCGAAGGGGAGGUGUAUGGAUAUGGUCUCAGGAAUGAGAUUGGCUUCACAGCCGAUCCCAAUGGCGUGUUCUGGGGUGUCGAGAACAGCGGCGACGACUUUGCCCGAACUGAAAAUGGGCAGCGCCGCGAUAUUCACAUCGAUAACCCGGCCGAGAAGCUCAAUAACCUCGGCGACCCCCUUACCGUUCGAAAUGCUUGGUAUGGAUAUCCGACCUGCUUUUCUGUCUGGAACCCGGCCAACUUCCCCAACUCCAAUCUCAAGACUGGCUCCCACUUUGUAGUCUCACCAAACUCGUCCUAUAACGAUGCGACCUGCAACGGUCGAGCAGUGCCACCCCGGCUGACCUUCCAAGCGCACUCGGCCCCCAUUGCCAACACAUUUGAUUUCGAUGCAAAGAAUAUGUAUGUCACGUUCCACGGGAGCUGGAAUCGACAGCCUGCCACAGGCUUCAAGGUUGUCCAGAUUCCCUUCACAAAGUUGGCCAAUGGAACGUACGAACCUGUUGCCCCAGCCGACAGCAUGACGGGAUACAAGGACAUUUUCUCGGCACCAAACCCAGGAAGCUGCACUGCCAAUGGGCUAACCAUGAGCAACUGCUUCCGCUUGACAGCCGCUGCUUGGGAUCCGGCGGGCAGAGGGUUGUUUGUGGGAAGCGAUAACAGCGCCGAGGGCGAGAUUUAUGUCUUGACUCCUAAUUAGUAGAGGAUAGUACCCGCCCUGGGUCUCGUUAGGGGCUAGAAGCCCUUGACUUUUAGGUACAGGUAGUCAAGAACCGAAGAAUCCAUUCUUUAUCCGAAGUACCUGAUAGUUGCCC